AUGACUCUACUACAGAGCAUCAAGCCGUUCUGGCCAAUCUUACUGACUUUCGUGCUUCCCCGAGCCAUCGGCUACGCUCGAGCGUUCAGAGUGGCAUAUCGGACGCGACCACAACCACGGCCACUUCCAGCAAAAGCGAGGGUCUCUGUUUCGCUCCUGAUCGGCGCAAUAUGUUUGUUCAUAGUCGCAGCAGGCUCGACACUUGGGACUGCUCGGGUCAACAUCUUUCUACUCACGAAUUCGAGACUGGCCAGUUCCACAGACGUGCUCUUCAACCGCCUCGCGACCAUGAGACAGGGCCAAGCACUCACUGGGCUUGACGAGCAGCUCCGAGAAAGACUCACCAGCAACACCAUGCGGAAGUUGUAUCUACGUUUUGGGCCAACGACGAUUGUUGACUGCCCUUUCUGCAUACCUUCAGAUCCCUCCACAUACCUACUUUACCACUUUCCGCGGAACGUGGUGCAACCACAUCUCCUGAACGUCGGUAUACUCGGACUGGCGACAUCUGCGACAGUAUCAGGAAUUGAUGCAAGCACCUGGCGAUUCUACACGCUAGUUGGGGCCCUCCUCAUUGCAGCAUUUGAUGCUUGGUAUACGAGCACUUAUGAUCCAGUCAUUGACGCGAACAUGCCCAGUCCUGCAGGCCUCUUCUGGGUGCUCGCAGUGCUCCGGCCACUCACACUAUGUGGCUACGAUGCUGUCGUGGCCUUCGUCAUCUAUGCUUCUGCAACGAAUCGAUUCUUGCUCUUCUCCGGCCCAGCCAGAGAUCCCAAGAUCGUUCAGCAGCAGAUCACAGAUCAGAUCAACAAGAGCGGCAUGGCGAUGUCGACAGCAGCAACCAAGAUGCGAGCAACAAAUCUGGCUCGCAAUGCCGUGGUCAGAAACACAGAUCUGAGGCAGUCGGAAGAUCAGUACUGGCAAAGGAUUGCUGAGCACGAAGGGCCACAGGAUCUGCGCUCCGGUGUCUUCGAAGACGAAGAAGUGCAAGCGGCGCUUGCUCGAGCCUACGGGAGUGGUUCGGUUCAGGUGGACAAGAUCCGGAAAGAGGCAGAUGCUUUCGUCCGGGGCGUUACGCAGAGCUUAGAGACCCCGGUGCAACAUGCUCCGUCGCAAUGA